GGAAGUAAUCAAACAAAUGUUAUGGAAUUUAUUCUUAUGGGAUUUUCCAGUUACCCCGAGCUUCAGAUACCCCUUUUUGUCAUUUUCCUUCUUGUUUAUACAAUAACUCUGACUGGAAAUGUCGUCAUUAUACUUGUCACAACAGUAGACCCUGCGCUUCAUAGUCCCAUGUACUUCUUCCUCCGAAAUCUUUCUUCCAUAGAUAUUUGUUUCAGUUCAGUAAUUGUUCCAAAAAUACUAGCAGAUCUUAUUUUGCAGAAGAAAACCAUUUCCUAUAUGGGCUGCUUCACCCAGUUAUAUUUCUUUUUUUUCUUUGGUACAGUUGAAUGCUGCCUUCUUGCUGCAAUGGCAUAUGACCGCUAUGUUGCCAUUUGUAAUCCAUUACGCUAUCCAGAAAUUAUGAAUAAAAAAGUAUGUUUUCACCUAGCUGUGGCCUCAUGGCUUUUAGGCUUCCCUAACUCUACUGUCUCUGCCAUCUUUGUUUUUAGUGUGCAAUACUGUGGGCCUAAUACAGUUAAUCAUUUCUUUUGUGAUAGUCCUCCACUGCUGGAGUUGGCUUGUGCUGAUACAUACAUGGUUCAAAUUGAGGCUCUCACAGCUACUAUGAUAUUCAUAGUAUUUCCUUUCCUCAUUAUAUUAUUCACAUACAUUUGCAUCAUUAUUACCAUCUUGAAAAUGCCCUCAGCAGAGGGGAGGCAGAAAGCCUUUUCAACAUGUUCAUCUCAUCUUCUGGUGGUAACCUUAUUUUAUGGCACAGCUACAUCUACCUACUUCAACCCUAAGUCAAAGUACUCUCCAGACACAAAAAAGUUUCUUUCCCUCUCCUAUACAGUCAUCACACCCAUGUUAAACCCUAUUAUCUAUAGUUUAAGAAACAAGGAGGUCAAAGCUGCAGUGAAGAAGACAUUACAUUGGAAAAUGUUUAGAACAAAAUAA